UGUGCCACCUGAUGUAUUGAGGUUUCACUGAGCCAGCCUGCUCCACUAGCCUGGGCUCCCUCUCCUUGUUUUUCUGAAUCAGGCUCUUCGGCCUCUGGCAGCACACAGACACAGGCUGCCAAUACCAUCACUUCAUCAAGAUGAGUAAUAGUCACCCACUCCGUCCUUACACAGCUGUGGGGGAAAUUGACCAUGUUCACAUUUUGUCAGAGAAUGUUGGCGCUCUGAUGAAUGGGGAGGAGUAUAGUGAUGUUACCUUUAUUGUAGAAAAGAAACGUUUUCCUGCACAUAGAGUGAUUCUGGCUGCUAGAUGCCAUUAUUUCAGAGCAUUAUUAUAUGGUGGAAUGAGAGAAUCUCAGCCUGAAGCAGAAAUCCCUCUUCAGGAUACCACUGCAGAAGCAUUUACAAUGCUGCUGAAAUAUAUCUACACAGGCCGUGCUACAUUAAGAGAUGAGAAGGAAGAGGUCCUCCUGGAUUUCCUGAGCCUGGCUCACAAAUAUGGAUUCCCAGAAUUGGAGGAUUCCACCUCUGAGUAUCUUUGCACCAUACUUAAUAUUCAGAAUGUUUGUAUGACCUUUGAUGUUGCCAGUCUCUACUCACUCCCUAAACUGACUUGUAUGUGCUGUAUGUUUAUGGAUAGAAAUGCUCAAGAGGUGCUCUCCAGCGAAGGCUUUCUGUCACUUUCUAAGGCUGCUCUUCUAAAUGUUGUGCUGAGGGAUUCAUUUGCAGCACCUGAGAAGGAUAUUUUCCAGGCUUUGAUGAACUGGUGUAAACAUAACCCCAAGGAGAAUCAUGCUGAAAUCAUGCAGGCAGUACGCUUACCCCUGAUGAGUCUGACAGAACUACUAAAUGUUGUAAGACCUUCUGGAUUGCUGUCGCCUGAUGCCAUUUUGGAUGCCAUUAAAGUUCGUUCUGAAAGUCGGGACAUGGACCUCAACUACAGGGGCAUGCUAAUACCAGGUGAGAACAUUGCAACUAUGAAAUAUGGAGCCCAGGUUGUAAAAGGGGAGCUGAAGUCUGCUUUGCUAGAUGGGGACACACAGAAUUAUGACUUGGAUCAUGGCUUUUCCCGACACCCGAUUGAUGAUGACUGCCGUUCUGGCAUUGAAAUUAAACUAGGUCAGCCAUCGAUAAUCAACCACAUACGAAUACUACUCUGGGACAGAGAUAGCCGGUCUUAUUCCUACUACAUUGAGGUGUCCAUGGACGAGCUAGACUGGAUCCGCGUGAUCGAUCACUCUAAAUAUCUUUGUCGGUCCUGGCAGAAGCUGUAUUUUCCUGCCCGUGUCUGCAGGUACAUCCGAAUAGUUGGCACCCACAACACGGUGAACAAAGUUUUCCAUAUUGUGGCAUUUGAGUGCAUGUUUACCAACAAAACCUUCACUCUUGAGAAAGGUCUUAUAGUUCCCACUGAAAAUGUUGCAACAAUUGCAGACUGUGCCAGUGUGAUUGAGGGUGUAAGUCGAAGUCGCAAUGCCUUAUUGAAUGGAGAUACAAAGAAUUAUGACUGGGAUUCCGGGUACACGUGUCAUCAGCUAGGCAGUGGUGCUAUUGUGGUACAGCUAGCACAGCCAUUCAUGAUUGGAUCAAUACGGUUACUUCUCUGGGACUGUGAUGAUCGGAGCUAUAGUUACUACAUUGAGGUUUCCACUAAUCAGCAGCAAUGGACCAUGGUGGCUGAUCGAACAAAAGUUUCCUGCAAAUCUUGGCAAGCAAUAACUUUUGACAGACAACCUGCAUCCUUCAUCAGAAUAGUUGGAACUCACAACACAGCUAAUGAGGUGUUUCACUGUGUGCAUUUUGAGUGUCCAGCACAAAACAAUGCCCACAAGGAAGAGGGUAAUGAGGAAGUGGUGACAACAGAACUGGGCACUGGCACACAACAGAUUGUUUCUCGCCCAGUUCGAGCCUCAAGCACCAGUUCUCUGCACUCCCUCACUGGAUCCACCUCACGUACACAUGCUCACCAACCAUAAAGGAGAGUGGAACGGAGCUUUUGCAGUCUCUAUGAUGCUAUAUGAAAUUAUUCACCACCUUCUUCUACAGGCACCUUUUUUCUUGUUCUCUCAGUGAACAAAGUGGACCAUGCCUGGCAGCUGGAAAUACUGAAAUGUAAAAGGCUUUCCAAGGACACAAAGGGGCUGCUUCACUCUCUUCAAUUUGUUCAAAUCAGGCUGGUCUCCGGGGGGAUAAAAUAGGUCUUCAAUCUAUAUCAAGUCCCCCAUUAACACCCUACCUCUCUAAUCUAACCAAGGAAAGGAGAAUGGAAGGAAAUAAAAGGCAGAGUCACAUUGGAAUACAAAAAUGGCAUAUGAACAGUAGACUGGAAGGAAUAUAAAUUAAUUAUUUGUUACCUGAAGGCACCUAUUAGGAAAUAGAAUGUUUAUCUUUAUGGCAUCACUAUGGAAAAUAGAUUGUUUUUAUUUUUUUAAAUUAUUCUUAAUCGAUAUUCCUUUGUAAAUUAUAAGCUGUUUUCUGAAUCAUUUUGA